UCUAAACACUAUAAAUAGACCCUCAAUCCUUCACAAAUUCCUCACACCAAAAAAUCAGAAAAUCCUCUUCUCUACUCUCAAUCUCACGCCCUCCUCUUCCUUUAUUUCCUUCUUGUUUGCUCAAACAAACACCGCACCGCAACCGCACUACCGUUGUUGGCGCCCGAACAACCACAACUACUGCUACCUAACCGUUGCCACACCACCCAACUGCCGCCACACCACCCAACCGCUGUUGCCAGCCUACCGUGACCUACUGCCGAGGAGUCCCUCAAUCGUGGUCAAGUUUAGUGGUCGUACCAUAAUUGUUCUCGUGAUCAAGGUACGUAUAGGUGGCUAGGUCCUUGAUACAAUAUUGAAUGCGUGUUUGGUAAAUGAUAUUUUAUUGAUUGUUUGAAUAAAUGUUGCGUAUGAAAGAUUUAAGUUAAUGAUUUUCGUAACGAGUUAAAAUAUAAUUUUAUGAUUUAGAGGUUUUAUCUUUAAAAGUGAUUAAUUUAAAUAAAGUUGUUUAAUUUAUAAAUCACUUGAUUGAAAUAAUUUAAAAUUUGCAGCUCAUUAUGAGCCUGAGUAUUUAAUAAUUUAUUGUCCCUCUACCCGGGACUGGUUAAGUAAGACCAUGAGCUUUGUAUGAUCUGGUCUUUCCUCGAGUAUAGUUUAACUUGCUUGGGGGGUGUGCACACUUAGGUGAGGAAAACUGGUUUUGGAAGUAUAUCUUAAAAUUGGAAAGUUUAUUGGUUUGGAAAGUUUCUAUUGAUGGGACAUUACUACUUUUGAAAGGUUUAAUUUUGGAAAUUCUAAAUUUGGAAAGUCUAAUUUUGGAAAGUGACUUUUGGCAAGUUUAAAUUGGAAUAAUUAUUUUGAAAGCAUGUUUGUCUAAUAAAAGUAUUUACAUGCCUUGCACUUAUAUGUACUUAGCUUUUAGCUAAUCCGUUUUCCUUUUUGUUUUGGUUCGUCCUAUUUACCAUUAUUGGUAAGCAGUCUUGAUUUGAGUUGUGGAGUUGUUCGUGCGCAUGCUAUAGUCGAGAUUGGGUUCACCUAGUUAAGAGUUAAUUUUUAUUUAUGAGUAGACAAGUUUUUGGAGUAUUUUGAAGCAAUUGGUGUGGUUACUUUUAUUAUUAUUAAUAAAAUUAAGUUAUUUUCCUCUGCGGUUUGAGUAAUUUAAUAAGCCUUACGCUUUCACGUAGCGAUAAUACACCCAAGUCUAUCUCUACGGUAUUUGUAUAUGUAUAAAUAUAGAAUUUACGUAAAGGGGGAUUUGGGGUGUUACAAUUAAGGCAAUCUAAUAUUUAUAUAAAUAUGUUUAUAAAGGGCAUGAUCGAAUUCAAUAUAAUAUAGUGCCUCAAAAAGAUAAUCUGAUUGAUGAAAUUGAGGAAUAUCAAUCUAGGAGAUGGGUUUUCCCCUGUGAAGCUGCGUGGCGAAUUUUUGAAUUUGACUUAUUAGAAAUGCAUCCACCAGUCCUUCCAUUGCCAGUGCAUUUGCCAAAUAUGCAGACUAACUGAGGCCACAUGAAAUAUUGCAAGCUGUAGUUUCUGAUGACAAGUGAAGCAGGACUCCACUAACAGAAUUCUUUGCAGCUAAUGCUGCUGUACCAGGUGGACUUGGCUAUUUGUAUGGAGAAUUUUGUGAACACUAUCGCUAAGAUGCAUCUGCUAAAGAAUGGUUACAAUGACAGAGAAAUAUAAUGGUAGUAGGCAGAUUAGCUUUUGUUUAUCAAGCUGAAGGAAAGCGAUUUUUUCUUAGAUUGCUUUUAAUUUAAUGUCAAAAGUCCUACAUCCUUUGAAGACCUUCGGACUGUAAAUGGACAUGUAUGUGCCACAUUUGGGAUUACUUGAAGAAGAUGAUAUAGGUGAUUUAUGUAUGUCUGAAGCUAAAGAUAGUCAAUUACCCAUUGCUCUACGCCGCUUAUUUGCAACCAUCCUAAUCUUUUGUCAACCUAAAGAUCCUUAUCAAUUAUGGUGCAAAUAUUUUACUGAUUUAUCUGAAGAUUUUGCAUAUCAGCACCAAGGAAAUGAUGACAGAGUUAAGAAAUUGACUAUUAGAUCUGUUGAGCAGUAUCUUGAAGCUAUGGGUAAAUCACUACGUAAUGUGGGAUUGACAGAGUUAUGUUCUGCUGAAGAAGAUGAAUUCCAGCGAACCAAAGAUAUCAUUGAUUCUUUAGAUGCACCUAUUCCUCAGUCUUGUAUUGAUUGUAUAGAUCAUCUCAAUGUUGUACAACUCAAUGUUUUUUCAUGCAUUAUGGAACAUGUGCGAUUAGGAAAAUCAGCUGCUUUCUUCAUAGAUGGACCAGGUGGCACUGGCAAAACGUUUUUAUACAAUGCUUUGUAUGCAGAAAUCAGAUUAAUGAAUAAGAUUGUUUUUCCUACAGCUACUUCUGGUAUUGCUGCAACUAACAUUCCAUCUGGAAGAACUGCUCAUUCAAGAUUUAAAAUACCAAUAGAUAUUGAAAAUUCAUUGGUCUGUGAUGUUACAAAGCAAGGCAGUUUAGCAGCACUUUUACGAGAAACCAUAUUAAUCUUAUGGGAUGAAGCUUCAAUGGUUAUCAAAAGCAACUUAGAGAAUCUGGAUUUGUUGCUGCAAGAUUUAUGUGGGAAUCAGAAACUGUUUGGUGGAAAAUUAGUUGUUCUUGGAGGUGAUUUUCGUCAAGUGUUACCAGUAGUACCUCUUAAAAAUCAAAAAGAAGUUGUACAAGCUAGCAUAGUUACAUCAUAUAUAUGGCCUCAGCUUUUAAAGUUCAAAUUGACAGAAAAUCAAAGAGCUAAGGAAGAUCCUAAAUUUUCUUCUUUCUUGCUUGCUCUUGGAAAUGGUGAACUCCAGCAAACAGAAAACACAUAUGUUGAUUUACCUAGGGAUAUUUCUAAGCCUUUUACACCAGAUGAAGAUCCUGUAUUAGAAGUAACUAAAGUUGUUUUUCCAUAA